GUCCCAUACCAACCUAAAACAGUCCGAAACAGCCACAUAACGCCACGGCCAGUAAGCAUGUCCCGAAGGAAAACUCGAACUCCAACCCGGCGCGCGGCCACCACAGAGCCGGAGACCAUCGACCCAGCCACCGCAGUCUUCGUCACCCACCCGCUGACCUUCCACCCUCCCAUGGAGGAAUCCCGCCGCAUCCCCGACGGCAGAACCCCAUACUGGUACGUCAACCUCCUCUGGCACCCAUCGUCUAACACCUACAGCGUCGACAUCUGCUGGGUCACCGGGAACAGAUGGCCCGUCAACUGGGCGGAGCUCCCCCUGCCGUCGUUGCUGCAGGCCUUCAAGGACCUGCGGCUCCUAUACCGGAACGCCGGGCGGUUUUUUGGGGUCAUCCGGAACGCACAGCAUAUUCGGCUGUUCCGUGAGGCGCCCACGCAGCCGGAACCGGAUGAGGAGCUCGGGGAGUCGCUCCGGGAGGGCUUGUGUAUGGUGGAGCAGUUUCGCGUGAAUGGGCUGCGGCAGUUGAACAUAGCGAAACAUCGCGAUGUGCUGGAGCAGUGGCAGAAUAUAUUUCCUCGCAAUCCAACCUUUGCGCUGGAAGGGAUUGCGCCAAUUCAAUUGAGACAGGGGACGAUACACGAGCAACAAGAAACAGCUGCGCUCGAAGCGGAAGCUCUUGCCGUAGCAGCAACAUGGAUAGAUAUUGAUUCUCUCCCCAGAGCACUGAUGCAUCAAAUGCCAAAUAGGUGAAGGUGGUAUCAUUUCUUCCUGACUUAGCGACACUUGCCUUGACUGCCUUAUUUCUCGACGCUUCGAAUUGAGGCAGACUGGAGUUGAUCUUUAUUCAGAGCUAUUCAAAUUGACCAUGAA